AUGAAUAUUGAUCCUAUAUGCUCGAGAUGUUUACGAGAUGAUGAGACAAUUGAACACAUCCUAUUUUUAUGUCCAUAUGCUGAAUCCGUUUGGGAAUUAGCAAAUAUACCGAUACAGGCCCUGUAUUUGCCUUCUAUCUCUAGUGAAUUCUUCUUAGAAGCGGUCUUUGCAUUGCAAAAUGAUAAUGAGGUUCCAUUGGAAAUGAAGCUACUACCUUUUUGGACUCUUUGGCAUAUCUGGAAGACAAGAAACAAUUUCAUUUUUGAUGAAAAAUCGGAAGACCCAAACCAUAUAGUAUGGCGAGCUAGAGCGGAUGUUCGAGAAUGGUGUCGAGUUGUUUUACUUCCUCAUGACCCUCCACCCUUGAUAUCAAAACCAACACACUGGAACAGGCCUCCUCAAACUAUGCUUAAGUGCAAUUUCGAUGCGAGUUUUGAUCCCAUAACAUAUGAGACUCGAGGUGGGUGGAUUUUACGUGAUUACAGAGGAAUAUCUAAUGGUUGGGGAGCUGCGAAUAUGAGAUAUGCUUCAUCGCCUUUGGAAGCUGAGGGGAAGGCGCUACUGAAUGCAAUGCAACAAACAUGGAUACGGGGAAUAAGACAUGUCAUAUUCGAGGGUGAUUGCGAGUUGCUUAUUAAGAUGAUGAAUAAAUCAAUAUACAUUGCUUCAAUCGAUGGUGUCUAUCAAGAUAUAUUACACUGGUCUCUGAAAUUUGACAAUACUGAAUUUGUUUACACUCCAAGAAACUGUAAUAGAACAGCUCAUGUAUUAGCAAAAUUCGGUUGUAGUACUGAUCUCUUUUAUUCUUCUUGUUUCCAUCCCCCUGUUUGA